AUGCCCACUCCGGAGCUGGAAGACCGUUGCCCAGGGGCCCCUGCAGCUGUACCUUCCUGCACGGGAGCCUCUGGGGCCCCCUCCGCCGAGAACAUGAGGGAUAUAGCCGAUUCUCUAGUGACUCGCGGCUGCCUCUCUAUCCAAGACCUCUUGGAUCUCCUGCAGCAGCAGCAGCAGCAGCAGCAGAAGCAGCAGCCGGCUGUUGACUGGGAAGGAGAGGAAGCAGGUGCUGCAGAAGCAGCAGCAGCAGCAGCAGACACAUUUGCAGCAGGAGCCUUCCUGAGGGAGCGGUUUGGUAUAUUCAUAUGUUUCUUAUAA